ACGAGCAACAACCGCUCAGAUACAAAGAUACGUUCGUUCGCAGCAGCAGCAGCCAACGACAGCGACAGCGACAGCGCUAGAAUCCGAGAGCAACGUUGCGUAUGCGUGACGCGUGAAUCGCGUAGAGUUAUUUCCCAUUUUCGCCCCCCCCGCCCGCAAAACACACACACAAACCCUCGAACGCGUAGUGCAGUGCGCUGACCAUCCAUCCAUCCAUCCAUCCAUCUAUCCAGCGAUGACAGUGCCCGGGCAGCUUUAGAUCAGCGAUCGGCCAGAGAGAGCGAGCGAGCGAGCGAGAGCGAAGCAGCAGCAGAGCCAGCGGCAAGGCGGUCUGCAUUCAUUCCGCCGACGGCAAAACGAUAAAGUGAUCCAAAGAACGCGGUUCAUUCAGCGGUUGAACGGUUUAACGGUGUAACGGUGCAACGAUCGCGAUAACGGUGUAACGGUGGACAUGGAGCGGGUCGUCCUGCGCGCAUGACAAACGAACAGCCGCCGAGAUCCCCCCCGUCCUGGGCGAGAUCAAAAUAUUAGAGUCCCCCCACCCCCCUUCCAUGACCCUCAAACCCCACCAAAACAAAACAAAAACAGUGCAAUGAUCAAAAGUUAACAAAAUCAAGAAACAAAGGAUACAAAGAGAAAGAGAAAGUAGAGAGGGAGAGGGAGCGAAAGUGCUUAGCAGUUAACGGUCAACAAAAGUUCUCUUGAUGAAAAAUCACCUGUCCAACGUGCUGUGUGCAAUGCGUAGUGACUUCAAGGAUAAUCACCAGGAGACCAUCAAUAAAAUGAUACAAUUUGGCACAGUGAAAUAUGGCAUUGUCAAACAGCUGAAGGAUCGCGCUCGAAGCGCCGACAAAGACACUGGCAGCGAUCAGGAGGAGAAUGGAGCCUGCUCGCCGCUGACCACGGCCACUGCCACGACCACGGCCAGUCCCAGCCGCAGUCCCGAGCCCGAGGAGGAUCAGGAGCAGCAGCUGAAACACUCGGAGACCAUCGAGGACAACAACAACAAGGUGCUGGUCAUGACAAAGCCGGACUCCGAGCCGGAGGCCCACUCGAGGCCGCAGUCACCGCUGGCCCUGACCAACACCGAAGAGGCGGCCACGGCGGCCAGUCCGGCGGCAGUGGCCCCCGAGAAGGACAUCGAAGUGGAUGUGGAGAUGCCAGAGACAAGGACGGCGGCAGGAGAGGCUGUGGGGGCCACACCUGUGACCCUGGAGGCCAUCCAGAACAUGCAGAUGGCCAUUGCCCAGUUUGCGGCCAAGACGAUUGCCAACGGAUCGACGGGGGCGGACAACGAGGCGGCCAUGAAGCAGCUGGCCUUCCUGCAGCAGACGCUCUUCAAUCUGCAGCAGCAGCAGCUCUUCCAGAUCCAGCUGAUCCAGCAGCUGCAGUCGCAGCUGGCCCUCAACCAGGCCAAGCAGACGGACACGGACGAGGCCCAGGAGGAGGAUGGGGAUGCCGAUGCGGAUGCGGAUGGGGAGCCAGAGGAGCGCGACGAUGGCGAGACGGACACGUACGAGGAGGAGGAGCGCAUUGCCGACAUGGAGCUGCGCCAGAAGGCGGAGGCCCGCAUGGCCGAGGCCAAGGCCCGCCAGCAUCUGAUCAAUGCGGGAGUGCCCCUCAGGGAGUCCUCCGGAUCGCCCGCCGAGUCCCUGAAGCGCCGCCGAGAACAGGAGCAGGAGCAGGAGGAGGCUGCCGCUGCUGCCGCGGCCAUGAGGCGCCCGCCCACCAGCCGCCGCCUCAGCUCGGAGGCGGCGGGCCGGCACAAGGAGAACGCCCAGGAGGCGCUGGCCAAGCUCAAGGACAUGGAGAACAUGCCGCUGCCGUUCGGCUCCGACCUGGCCUCGAGCAUCAUCACGAACCACGACGACCUGCCGGAGCCCAACUCGCUGGACCUGCUGCAGAAGCGCGCCCAGGAGGUGCUCGACUCCGCCUCGCAGGGCAUCCUGGCCAACAACAUGGCCGACGACUUCGCCUUCGACAAGGCCGGCGAGGGCAAGGGCCGCAACGAGCCGUUCUUCAAGCACCGCUGCCGGUACUGCGGCAAGGUCUUCGGCUCCGACUCCGCCCUGCAGAUCCACAUCCGCUCGCACACCGGCGAGCGCCCCUUCAAGUGCAACGUCUGCGGCAGCCGCUUCACCACGAAGGGCAACCUCAAGGUCCACUUCCAGCGGCACGCCCAGAAGUUCCCGCACGUGCCCAUGAACGCCACGCCCAUUCCGGAGCACAUGGACAAGUUCCAUCCGCCGCUGCUCGACCAGAUGUCGCCCACGGACAGCUCGCCCACCCACUCGCCGGCGCCGCCCGCGGCCACGUCCGGGAGCUCCGCUGCCGCCCCGCCGCCCCUGCCGUUCGCCUCGAGCCCCGCCUUCCCGGGCCUGCAGGGUCUCUACCGGCCGCCCAUGGAGAUCCUCAAGUCGCUGGGCGCCGCCGCAGGCGGUCCGCAUCCGUUCUUCCCCCAAGACAUGCCCACGGAUCUGCGCAAGUCCUCGGGUCCGAGUUCGCCCCGCCCCCAGGGGGAGGAGGAGGAGGAGGAGGAGGACGAGGAGAUGCUGUCCGGCCAGAUGCCCGUCAAGACGGAGCUCAUGGAGGAGGACAAGGAGGAGGAGGAGGCGAACGAGGAGCAGGACACCUCUGCCCACGAUCGCUCGGAGACGGAGACGGAGCCCGAGCCGGAGCCCCUGCCCCUGGAGGUGCGGAUCAAGGAGGAGCGCCUCGAGGAGGAGUCGUCCGAGCAGCACCAGUCCCAGGACCCCGAGGAGGAGCACCUCGAGGUGCGUCGCACGCCCUCGCCGCGCGUCCGAUCCCCGCCCGUGAAUCACCAUCGCAGCCACCACCACGCCCACCACGGCCACCACGCCCACCACGCCCAUCACGGCUACCCGCCGGUGGUGCAGCCCAUCCAGCCGCCGGCCCUGAUGCACGCACAGCCCUCGCCCGGCUCCCAGUCGCACCUGGACCACCUGCCCACGCCCGGCCAGCUGCCGCCGAGCAUGCCCCACCGGGAGGACUUCUUCGCGGAGCGUUUCCCGCUCAAUUUCACGACCGGAAAGACGCUCUCGCCGGAGCACAACUCCCCCAUCCGCUCGCCGGCCGCCGGCGGACCCCAUCCGCACGGGCAUCCGCACCACGGCCACAUGGCGCGCUCGCCCUUCUUCAAUCCGAUCAAGCACGAGAUGGCGGCGCUGCUGCCGCGGCCCCACAGCAACGACAACUCGUGGGAGAACUUCAUCGAGGUGUCGAACACCUCGGAGACGAUGAAGCUCAAGGAGCUGAUGAAGAACAAGAAGAUCAGCGACCCCAACCAGUGCGUGGUCUGCGACCGGGUGCUCUCCUGCAAGAGCGCCCUCCAGAUGCACUACCGGACGCACACGGGCGAGCGGCCGUUCAAGUGCCGCAUCUGCGGACGGGCCUUCACCACGAAGGGCAACCUGAAGACGCACAUGGCCGUGCACAAGAUCCGGCCGCCGAUGCGCAACUUCCACCAGUGCCCCGUCUGCCACAAGAAGUACUCGAACGCCCUCGUCCUGCAGCAGCACAUCCGCCUGCACACGGGCGAGCCCACGGACCUCACGCCCGAGCAGAUCCAGGCGGCCGAGAUCCGCGAUCCGCCGCCAUCCAUGAUGCCCGGCCACUUCAUGAAUCCCUUUGCGGCGGCCGCCUUCCACUUUGGCGCCCUGCCGGGCGGACCGGGCGGACCGGGCGGCCCCCCGGGCGCCGGAGGAGCCCUCCACGGGCCGCACAACGGAGCCCUCGGCUCGGAGUCGUCGCAGGGGGACAUGGAGGACAACAUGGACUGCGGGGACGACUACGACGACGACGUGUCCUCGGAGCAUCUGUCCAACAGCCACCUCGACCAGGAGGGCGCUGGAUCCGGGGAGCGUCCGCGCUCGGGCGACGACUUCAAGUCGCUGCUCUUCGAGCAGAAGCUCCGCAUCGACGCCACGGGCGUGGUCAACACCCAUCCGCCCGCCCGGCCCCGCUCCUCCGCCUCCAGCAACGCCAACUCCGUGGGAUCCGCCUCGGCGCCCACCAGCCCCACCUCCCAGUCGCACCUGGCCGCCAAGCCGAGCUCCUCGUCCACGCGGGCCAGCAGCCCGGCCCGCUCGGAGGCGUCGCAGGGCGCGCUGGACCUCACGCCCCGCGCGGCCCCCCAGCCCCCGCCGGCGGCCUCCGCCUCCGCCUCGGCCUCCUCGUCCAGCUCCCGCUCGCCGCUGCUGCCCAAGGAGAAGCCCAUCAGCCCGCCCGGCCUGCCGCAGUCGGCCCGGAGCCCGCCCAACGGACCCCCUCCGCCGCCCUCGAUGCUCUCCUGCUCGCCCCUGCCCCCGUCGGUGGCCAUCGACUGCCUGCCCCCGGGGCUGCAGCACCACCUGCAGCAGCAGCACCAGCACCUCAUGCAGCAGCAGGCGGCCGUGGCGGCGGCGGCGGCGGCCCAGCACCACCACCACCAGAUGCAGCAGCACGCGGCCGCCCUGCACCAGCACCAGGAGCAGCUGCGUCGCGAGGCCCAGGAGGCGCAGCAGAAGGCGGCGGCGGCGGCGGCAGCGGCGGCCGCAGCAGCCCAGCGCCAGACCUCGCCCCAGCCCCCGUCCCGCGGCGGCAGCGAUGUGGCAGGAGUCGGGCCGGCGGGUCCGCCCAAUCCCAAUCCCCUGAUGGGCGCCCGUCCGCCCUUCGGCAUGUUCCCCAAUCUGCCGCUCUUCCCACCCUCCACGACCCAAAACAUGUGCAACGCGAUGAACCAGAUCGCCCAGUCGGUGAUGCCGGCGGCGCCGUUCAAUCCGCUGGCCCUCAGCGGCGUGCGCGGCAGCACCACCUGCGGCAUCUGCUACAAGACAUUCCCCUGCCACUCGGCCCUCGAGAUCCACUACAGGAGCCACACCAAGGAGCGGCCCUUCAAGUGCAACAUCUGUGAUCGCGGCUUCACCACCAAGGGCAAUCUGAAGCAGCACAUGCUGACACACAAGAUCCGGGACAUGGAGCAGGAGACCUUCAGAAAUCGUGCAGUAAAGUAUAUGAGUGAAUGGAACUCUGAUCGCGAAUAAAUAGACAGCACGAUCACGAUCGAGAUCUAGAUCGACGUCUAGAUACUUUCCUCGAAGAAGGCUGUUCCAGAAACCGAACCAGAACCAGCUCCAGAUUCAGAUUCAGUCAAGAUGCAAUCGAUUCUCGCAAACCAAAUGAUCUCAAAAACAAAAAGAGAGAGAGAGAGAGUGAGAGAGAGGGGCCGAGAUGCUGGUGUAUACAAAUCUUUUAUAUUUAUAAAUUGUUGCCCACAAAAAAUAUUAUUUGGGAAUGCGAAUGCGAAUUCAUAAACAAUGUUUUUAUGAUCCUGGGGGCGCGCUAGAAACCAAUACAAAUGAAAGCCGGCGAUCAUGAAACGUAUCCAAAGAUGCAUCGAAAGCGAUUUGUGUUCCAGAGCUAAAGACCUGGCGCCAUGGAGCCCAAAAACUGCUUGGUAUUGAGAGACUGAUAGCGUUUCAUGUUCCAACAGCCGCACAGAUACUCCUCUCUGAAGUAUCUGAAGCGAAGGCGUAGAAAAAAUCAAAAUUCGAAUUUAAAGCAAAAAAAACUUAAGGUAUAUGCAAAUAGAAAUAUAAUAGGUACCUAUAUAUAUAUAUAUAUAUAUAUAUAUGAUAUAUUGUAGUAUGAUAACCGAAUCCCCCCUCACAGAUACACAGCUACAGAUACAGAUACACGGUUAAUCUAUUUGGAAUGUGCAAUAAAAUAUGACACGCUAUAAAUUUAGAUGCUUUUGUUUCCUACUACUCGUAAAUUAGUUUUUAUUUUCCACUCCUUGUACAUACCCUAUAAAUAAUAAUCAUAUUUCAAGAUCCCAAAAAAUACAAAACAAAA